CGGCACAUCCCACCUGAGCUGUACGUUACAGUGUACACAGACAAGAUGGCAGCUUCAUUGGAAGACGAAUUUGAAGAUGCGCCUGAUGUGGAGCCGUUAGAACCAACCCUGAAGAAUAUAAUCGAGCAGAAGUCUUUGAAAUGGAUAUUUGUUGGUGGAAAGGGUGGUGUUGGUAAAACGACAUGUAGCUGUAGUUUGGCUGUCCAGCUGGCUGCAGUCAGGGAGAGCGUCCUCAUCAUCUCCACAGAUCCUGCCCAUAACAUUUCUGAUGCUUUUGACCAGAAGUUCUCAAAGGUGCCUACGAAGGUCAAGGGCUAUGACAACCUCUUUGCAAUGGAGAUUGACCCAAGCCUGGGUGUGGCAGAGCUGCCGGAUGAGUUCUUUGAGGAGGACAACAUGCUCAGCAUGGGAAAAAAGAUGAUGCAGGAGGCCAUGAGUGCCUUCCCUGGCAUCGACGAGGCCAUGAGCUACGCAGAGGUCAUGAGGUUAGUGAAAGGAAUGAACUUCUCAGUGGUGGUCUUCGACACUGCCCCCACUGGCCACACACUGCGGCUGCUUAACUUCCCCACCAUUGUGGAGCGUGGACUUGGCCGCCUCAUGCAGAUCAAGAACCAGAUCAGCCCUUUCAUCUCCCAGAUGUGUAACAUGCUCGGCCUGGGUGACAUGAAUGCAGACCAGCUUGCUUCUAAGCUUGAAGAGACCCUGCCAGUCAUCCGCUCCGUCAGUGAGCAGUUCAAAGACCCUGAACAGACCACCUUCAUCUGUGUGUGUAUCGCUGAGUUCCUCUCCCUGUAUGAGACAGAGCGUCUGAUCCAGGAGCUGGCCAAGUGCCGCAUUGACACACACAACAUCAUCGUCAACCAACUUGUUUUCCCUGACACAGAGAGACCGUGUAAAAUGUGUGAAGCCCGCCAUAAAAUUCAGUCCAAGUAUUUAGAUCAGAUGGAGGAUCUUUAUGAAGAUUUCCACAUAGUCAAGUUGCCGCUGCUGCCCCAUGAAGUUCGAGGUGCCGACAAGGUCAACACGUUCUCAAAGCAACUUCUGGAACCCUACAAACCCCCAAACAAGUGAUCUCCCUCCCUGCAGGACUUCCCCACCUGCCCCCCUCUACAGACCACACCUCUAUCUACAGUCUGAACUCACCUCCUCUGAGCCCCCCUCCCCAGCCAGCCUCAAACCCCACAAUAACAGCCUCAAGAUGAUCCACUCAGUCCUCAGCCCGUCAUCCAAAGCAGAGCACUUCUACGGCAAGACACGCCUUUAAUGAAGGGGAGCUGAUGAAACCACAAACACACAUAUACAUAUUCUGCUAUAUUAGAGAUAAGACAGAUUUGUGCUGCCUUACUCUCACUCUUUGUCUUCAUUAUCCUCUGUGUGGCAGUUGUACUAUUCCCACUUAAAGCAUUUAACUUUUUCUCCCCUCCUCCUCCAUCUUACACAGUUUCCAGCCUCAGUUGUAAAAAAACAAGUGUUUCCGGUGACGGUGCUGUGUAGUGCAUAAUUCAGAUGGUUGAUGUUAAUGCCUUGUUUAUUCUGUGUGGUUUGGUGGCUGUGUCUAUUCUCCAGUUUGUCUUUUUGACUAAAAUUUCAAACAAACCCAUCGCUCACACAUUGGGAAUUUCCAUCCAAAUUUUUUUUUUUUUUUUUACAGAUUCAGGGUGUGACGGCAGGGCAGAAAAAAAACACACUAUCAAAGAAUAUGGCCUGUGGUCUUUAGUUAUCCCGACUCUUGACCAAGACCAUCCUUGUUAUUGCAAUAAAUAAAACCGAAGCAGUCAAAAGUGUGUGUUUUACCAUUUGUCAAAUCCUCAGACUUCACCUUUCCAUUUGAUUAUGGUGUAAAUGCAGUUACGCAAUGUCAAUGAGAUUUUGAAUCGAGUCAAAUUAGGAGCUUUAUAUCCUCUAUGGCUACAUUAUUGUUUGAACUGGACAGUCAUACAUAUAAUAGGCCUCUGCAGUAGCUUGAGGUUGUCCAUGGAUGGAGUCAGCACCAGUUUUUAGAUGAUAAGGAAAAACAUGAUGAGAUUCUUAAUGUUUUAGCAUCUGGAAGCGAAAAGAGUUUGUUAUCGACAGUGCUGAACUCCCAGUACAAGUUCCCGCUCAGUGCUCAUGAAGCUCAUCUAAUGCUCCUCUCUGUUAAACAUGUCCACCAUGUUUACUGAGAACUAAAGCCUAUGGGAACACUAUCGAAAGACAUUAGUCAUUAGCCUUAUUUAGUGCAUUGUUAAUUAAAAUUAUAUUGAAUGUUGCUUGAUCAAAUGUUGAACCAGUGAAUGGUGAGUAAAGCAUCCUUGCCCUGGUCAUUGAAGACUGGACUCUGAUUGGCUGGCUUGAUGCUUGUUUCCCUACAUUUCCCAACAGAGAGAAAUAGAAGACAGAUUAAUACAUCCCCCAAGCAAGAGCAUAGUCCCUCCUCACUGUUACUGAAUGCUUUGGAGUCAAUAAGAAGCUGUUUUCUAUCAAUUUUCUUUAAAUUAUGUUGCAAGUGUUAAUUAAAACAAACUUGCCUCAGA